CUGGGUGGAGGGUUUGGGGCUCUGAACCGGCUGCUGUGGAUAAAGGGGGCCCUGAGCUCCUGGUAUCGCUGCAGACCCCCGCCCUGCCAAAGCACCCCGUGCUGGGGUGUCCCCAAAAAGGAGAGCGGUCCUGGCGGGGAGUGUGGCCAGCUGCUUUCCCUACAGCACAGCCUGAGCUGUGCUGGGCUAGGAAAAGCCUCAGCUUGGCUCAAUGGGCCACCUGCCUUGUCACACUCGGGGCUCCCCAGGGUGCCUCUUGGACAGGUUGAGGCUCUGAAGGAGGAGGCCACCCCCCCAGGCAGCCAUGGCCCCCACGCUGGCCACGGCGCACCGGCGGCGCUGGUGGAUGGCGUCCACGGCCAUCAUCGAGAACCUGCUCUUCUCCGCCGUGCUGCUGGGCUGGGGGUCCCUGCUCAUCAUGCUCAAGGCAGAAGGGUUUUAUUCCUACCUGUGCUACGGCUCUGAGACCACCACCAACAGCUCUGAGCUGGAGAACAGCACAGCCUCAGAGCACAAAUGGCCUUCCUGCAACGCCCAGGAUGAAAUGCUGAACUUGGCCUUCACCGUCGGCUCCUUCCUGCUCAGUGCCAUCACCCUGCCCUUGGGAAUUGUCAUGGACAAGUACGGCCCCCGCAAGCUGCGCCUGCUGGGCAGUGCCUGCUUUGCCGUGUCCUGCGUGCUGAUCGCGUACGGGGCCAGUAACCCAGACUCUCUGUCUGUGCUGAUAUUCAUUGCCCUGGCUCUGAAUGGCUUUGGUGGGAUGUGCAUGACCUUCACAUCACUCACGCUGCCCAACAUGUUUGGUGACCUUCGUUCCACGUUCAUUGCUCUGAUGAUUGGCUCCUAUGCUUCCUCUGCUGUGACUUUUCCAGGAAUCAAGGUUAUCUAUGACUUUGGGGUCUCCUUCAUCCUUAUUCUGCUUGUCUGGGCAAGCUGUGCAGGACUUGUUUUCCUCAACUGCUUCUUCAACUGGCCCCUGGAGCCUUUCCCAGGACCAGAAGACAUGGACUACUCGGUGAAAAUAAAGUUCAGCUGGCUGGGAUUUGACCACAAAAUCACUGGGAAGCAGUUCUACAAGCAGGUGACGACCGUGGGGCGCCGUCUCAGCGUGGGGAGCUCCAUGAAGGGCCCCAAGGAGCCUGCAGCUUUGCAGGAGAACAACAAGCUCUGUCUGUCUACAGUGGACCUGGAAGUGAAGUGCCAGCCUGACAGUGCAGCUACUCCCUCCUUCAUGAAGAGUGUCUUCAGCCCCAUCCUGUUGCUCAGCCUUAUCACCAUGUGUGUCACUCAGCUGAGGCUCAUCUUCUACAUGGGAGCCAUGAACACCAUCCUGGAGUUUCUGUCUGGAGAUCCAAGUCAAGUGGCUCUGUACACUUCCAUUUUCGGGGUCCUGCAGCUGCUGUGCCUGCUGACAGCGCCUGUGAUCGGGUGCAUCAUGGACUGGAGAAUGAAAGAGUGUGAUGAUGGCCCAGAAGAGAAUGAGGAGAGCAGCGCUGAGCAAGGUGACAAGAAAAAGAAAAAGCGUGACCGUCAGAUCCAGAAAAUCACCAACGCCACCAAUGCCUUUGUAUUCACCAACUUCCUGCUGGUUGGAUUUGGAAUCACCUGUCUUAUCCCUAACCUGCCCUUGCAGAUUCUGUCCUUCAUUUUGCACACAAUUGUGAGAGGAUUCAUCCACUCAGCUGUGGGAGGUCUCUAUGCAGCUGUAUACCCCUCGACUCAGUUUGGCAGCUUGACAGGGCUGCAGUCGUUGAUCAGUGCCCUCUUUGCCCUUCUGCAGCAGCCUCUCUUCAUGGCACUGACGGGACCUUUGCAAGGAGACCCCCUCUGGGUGAAUGUUGGCUUGCUUGGCAUGAGCCUCCUGGGUUUCUGCCUCCCAAUCUACCUGGUCUGCUACAGGCGCAGGCUAGAGAGAGAAAAACAGCAGAAGCUGGAAGAUGCCAAACUCUUCUUCAAAAUCAAUGGCACUCCCACUGAGGAAGCCUUUGUUUAAACUGGUGCUCCAUGUACAACUUCCCCUGUACAAGUUCCUACCACAUCUGUGGGUUCUACCUGUGGUGUAAGCCAGGACUUUUCUCCCCUGGCUCUGCCAGUCUUUGCUCAUCACUGGAGUGAGGGCUGGACAUCAUGACUGAGAUUUCCUCAGAUAUAUGGCAGGAGGAGACUUCCCCCUCCUUACUCCAAAACAUGGGACACUUUUCCUUUUUAUAAAGGCCACACAGAUAUUGUGUCUUAAAUUAUCCCCUGAUCACACUCUCCAGCAGCAGAGAGUUUGCAUAGGAAUCUGGGGAGAGAAGGAAUAGAGGGAUGGGGGAAGAGGGAAGACAGACCAUAAUUUGAGUUUGCAAAUGUCACGCACUGCAGUUUUCUUGCCCUCUUCCCCCAGACUUGGCUGACACAGUCUCGGAUGCAAGCUGCACUCUCCUCCCUCCCCAAGGCUCUGUAAUGGUCUUUCUGCUUGAUGUGUAGCUGGACCCAGUGGUUUUACUGUCUCUCCAGAUAUAUCCCUGUUUCUGAGGCAGGGAAGGGGUUUUUGUUCCUAUGUGUAUGAGCACAGCUUCAGUGUAUUGCUAAAUGUUGGCUGCUAGCACUGACAGCUCCCAAACCUUCUAUUACUGCAAAUGACACAGACUGUGAGCAAUGGAUCUGCCUUCCACACUGAAAUGAAGAGCCUGUAGUGGACUGCUGGUCCUAGACAAGCCUUGAGAGGUCUGGAAUUCCUCUUCUUCCCGGUUCACAAACUCACCUGUCCGUGUUUUAAACUGUCUGCAGUCCUGGAGCCUCUAAGAACUGGAUCUUGUUUACCGAUGAAGUGCUUUGAGACUUGUUGCCUUUUGCCUCUUGCCCCCUGACAUGACCCUGGGAGGGGAGCAGCAAUGUGUGUUCAGUAAAGUGGAGAAGCUUCUUGGAGCUGAGUUCUGGGGCUCCAGCUACCUUGGUGUCCAUGGGCUGUGAGCUGCCCUGCUGGUGGAAAGCACCGAGAGUGCAGAACACUCCUUUGUGUCUGGUAACUGGAUCCUGUGGACAUGUGGCAGGGUGAUGUGCUGAUGUCAUUUUUCCUUUAGCUUAUUUACCUUGCUAUGAUGGUCACUAAGCUGCUGAACACCAGGUUACUGUGACUGACCAAAAUGCUGCCAGUUUGGCUGUUCUAGGAGCCUUCUACAAUGUUGCUGCUCUGUCUGGACAGAGCACCUGGUGAUUGUAUGGUGAAGCUGGCUGUCAGAGCAAUAUGUGUGGGUAAAGGUGCCCCAGGCCUGUUCACACCAGGGAGGGAAUAGAAAGGGAAUUUUUAACCUGCUUAUUUUUAUAGAGGUUUUCCUUGUCUGAAGCAGAUUUUUCUGCCCUUAACCUUCUUGUUGAGGUCGGUGGCUCAGGCUCUGUAGCUCUGUGUCAAGCACUGCACUGAGUGGAGCUGCAGGACUGUGCAGGGGUGAGGAUGAGCAUUCCUGGUGGGUGCACUGGGCCGAGCUGGUGCCUGCGGGAAGGUUGGGGCAGAAAUAAAACAAUUCUGGAGACCCAGUGGUGGUGUUUUACUGCAAACUGGCAGGGGCUCAGACAUUCAACUUGUCCUUGUCUGGUUGGAAAAGUACAACAAGCAGUGCUGUGCUGUGACCUCACCUGGCAGCUGGGGGUUAAUUCCUUCGCUGGGGGGUGAAGGAGACAGAAGCUCAGCCUGGGCAGGGUUUCAGCUUUCCUGAAGAGCCCAGAGCUCCUGGGAUCCCUGGCUGGUGGCAGUGCCAGCGCUCCAUGGGCCAGCAGCGCCCUCUCCAGUCCCUGCUGCUGCUCACUCCUUCCAGUCUUCGGUCACUCGGUGCAGAAGGACUCGCCACUUGAGGAUUUUACACAUCUGUGAUUUUUUUUUUUUUAAUGUGUUGCCUUUAUUAAAUGUGUUUGUUUCAAGGCAGCCUUACUGCCUGCUGUCAACACUGUAUUCUUCUGGAAGUUUUUAUCUUUUGGUGGUGAGCUUUCCAUCUUUUCUUUGAGCAAUAAUUAAGAAGGUGGAGUUUUGAUUAAUUUUCCUGGUCACCUGUCUUAAAUACAUGUUCAGAGACACACCAGCAGUGGCACAGCCUGCCUAGACUGCCAGAGGGCUUUCUGCAGAUUUCUGCAGUUUGUACUACACUACUUCUAAAUAUUUUGAGACUAGUCCUCAGAGAUAAUUGUGACAUGACAAUGACAGAUUAAGUAUCAGGUGUGUGAGCCUCCAUCCAUUGUCUCAGUGUCCUAGAGCAGAGUUUUGUGUGCUAGCCCAGUAUUACUUCCACCUCAGUUUCAGAAUUGAAUGUGAUUUCUUUCACUCUUUUGUCACUUAAAUGCCUGUUACAAAUGUCUCAGCAAAAUAGUGGAAGAGAGAGUGGCAUAUUUUAAUGAAGUCUUAGUGGAGAUGCUGCUGCCUUUUAAUUUAGUUGCACAUACUUCAAAAAAUACACUUUUAUUUCUGCCAUCUACCUCCCUACCCCAGCUCCCAGAUCCUGCCCUUUAUUAGGGAUAUCUUCAAAUCCAGUUUCAUCUGAUGAACUGGUGAAUGUGUGUGCUUGAUUUCUCUACUGAUGUGCCAUGGUGGUCAGAAGCUGCUGGUCAGCUGUGAGGAGUUCAUGUCCUGGUGGGUACAGAGGGAGGUUUUUGCUGUUCAGGGUUGAACAGACACAUGGGAUCAUGUUCUGGGGCCAUGCAAAGUCAAACUGUGAAAUUCUUUACUGCAGAAUCUAGUGGGGAACAGAAGUAGCAAAUUUUUAACAAAAGAGGCUGGUUAAACAAUAGUCUGAUGCAUCCACUUACUCAGGGAGAUUUUAAGUUGCUGUAAAUAAGAAAGUUAGGCCAAGGAAAGAUACUUGUCUGCAUAUUCUGUCUUGUAGGAACUGGUCAAAGCUGGAGAAAGCAUGCUGGGCCAAAGUGAAACACUGGUCUGAUCUAAUGGGGUGAAAUUUAUUUAUACUAGUCGUGCAGCAAACUAAUUUCAAGAGCAAUCUCAAAUUUAUCUAUCAAAAACCUGCAUCUUUAUAUAAGAUGUGCAAACACUACUGAUUGUGGCAUAACUGCUUCGGAGCUGCACCUCCUGCAGCUCUGGGGUCAGUGGAGGGCAAGAUUCUGCCGUCAGAUUCUUAUUAACAUGGUUUUGCACAGUGCAGAAACACAGCUGGGGUGGUCAUGUCACACGUGGUGGGUCAGGGGCACUUUGCCUUGUCCCUUGGUGCUUAGGGAAAUAAAAUUAUUGGUUAUAAUUAUUGGAGUGGAAAACAGCAUUGCUGCUUCCCAGCUGAGUGUUUCCAGGACCAAGACAAUUCCUGAUGCACUCCCUAUGUGCAUGAGCCACCUUGUGGGAAAAAUAAAUGGGCUGCCAAAGAUGAGAGAGUCACAGCAGCUAGCAUCAAAAAUGCAUUUAUCUGUAUAACUCUAAUGUAGGUCAAUGUGUUUAACUUCUCUCAUAAUUCCUAAAUAAUGAAUUAGUAGGACUUGGGGGUUUUUAUGUCCUUUGUACCUCCUUAGCCUGAUCCAUGUGGGAAGUGCAAGGAGGGUGGCCAUGGGAAAAACCUCCAUGGAAGCAACCCCAGCUGAAUGUAAGGAAGCAGAAACCUGACCUGUGAGUACCUCAGAGUCAAAGGUGUUGAUGUGCAAAGUGAUUGCACCUUCUGGAGACACUGCUCCCAGCUUCCCACAUGCAUUUAAUAUGCAUUUGUAUUUAAAAAAAAAAAAGAAAUCACAGUGGAGAAGGGAGGGUGACAGCUUUUUGCUUGACUAAUCUGUCAGAACCUAAGCCCUGUUGACACAGCCUUUACAGCACUAAUGCAGUGACACCAUGUCAGGGGAGCAGAGAAAAGCUGUGCUGUUCUGCUGAAUAGGACACUUACACUGUGACAGUCACUGAGUAAAGCUGUGUCUGGAUCCUUGAGAUGAAACUGGACACAGACGUCUGGGAAGAAAAAAAGGGGCAAAUCUUGCUGAGAUACCAACUUAACUGCACUGCUGCUACAGCAGCUGAAAUGUUCAACUCCCACAGCAAAGCCUGGCCUCUUCAUGCUCUGUCUGCAAAGGAAAAUUGCAGGAUAAUGAGAUUUUAACUAAGUCUGUAAAUCACUACAAUGUUUUCAAGUAGGAGAUUUCCCUCUUGACAGGUUGAUGAAUUUGGAAAAUAUGCUCCAAAAUUUAAAGCAGAUACUGUAGGGUAAAAUGAAUGAAUUCUUUAAACUACGCAUAUUUGCUACUCUUUUUUUUUUCCUUUUGAUUUUUUUUUUGUGCAUCUGCAGAGCUUUUUGGUAUUUCCUACACCCCAGUUUAAAAAUGCAAAGUGCUCAUAAUGGCAAAUAAUAGCAGUAGGAUUCCUGAUGGGAACGGGCUGGUUUGGGGUUUCUUUUAAUUAAAAACGAAAAGGCCACUUCUGAUUUAUAAUUCACAAUGUUAUCUUCUCUGGAAUAGCUGAAACAAUGAUGUGUUAUGUAGCUGCAGUCUUACAUGUUACUUAUGAAGCCCACAGGUCCCUGUUGUCCUCCAUGUGCUGCCAGCCUGUCUCUGCACAAUCUGUUUUUACCAGGUGUCCUGUGCUCCACACUGUCAUCCUGUUGCUGUUUGUCAUUCCUUGUGCCUGACCCUCUGUCACCUGCUUUUUAUCCUGGGGACAAUCCCCUCUUUCAGAAAACUCUUUAACCUGCCAGCAUUACCUCUCCCACCUUUUCCUGUCCACAGAAUUUUUUGUAGUGUUUGUUUGAAGUGGAAUUGUAAACUCCUUGGGGCAGGCCCGUGUCAUCUUCUCUGUGUUUGUAAGGUGAUGUGCACUCUCGCAGUACUAUCUCAAAAUAAAGUGAUAAUAAGUUAA